GAGCUCCGAAACUUUGCUACUACGUCUUUUGUCAGCACAAUUGCUAAGAUGUGACCAGUAUCAUCUUCUGGACGGUACACAGUGGCAGAUUCGAGCCGAUAUAAUGACCCCUAGAACUCCUGUCCCGCGGAAGAAAUCUUGCAACAAUUGUUCCAAGGCCAAGGUACGAUGCGACCUAGGAAGACCGGCGUGCACAAGAUGUAAGAAGCGCGGUGGGUAUUGUGAGUACGUCGACGCGAAAGACUCAGAGCAAGAGGUGUCGUCGUCUACCACUCAAGAUGAAUAUAAUUCCAUUAAUGGAUCGACAUCCGUGCUCAAUCAGGCUCAGUACAAUGCGGUUCCGUUGAUGCUGGGUACGGUCCUUUCAACUCCCGCGCCAGCAGAAAUUCUGGACUUCGAAAAUGUACAGCUGGUUCGCACUGUGGAUGACUACAGAAUCCGUGCCCGCUGGCUUGAAAGUGUCUUGCCUUCUGCACAUCAAACACCGAAAGAUUUCGCACCUACCACCAUGGCUUUCGUAUCUGAUGUUUUCAAGUCUUACCCUGGUAUAUUCCUUGCCGAAAAUAGUCUUCCUCCUUUCAUACAUUGGGCUCAGGUUUCAGGCAAAAUGUGUGAAGCACUGGCAAACUGCAUGAAUUUAGCGCGUAUGUGGGAAACUCAAGCAGGUGGGACCGAAGCUAUGGUAUGCGGUAUCAUUGAGAAGGAAAUGGCAAGGUUAUUCCAGCAGGAAACGCAUUGCAGUGACCUUGAGCUCCUAGCGACGCUACAGGCAUAUCUCCUACUCACCAUCAUGCUCUUCUUCACUUCGAGGUCUGGCACCAAUUUUAUCGAGCAGGACACCAUCAUCAGACUCCAAGAAUUGGCCGGGGAUGUGGCCAAUAAGGGAACGUUAUGCCUGGCCGAAACGAAUGGUGCCCGUCCUGACUGGGAGUCCUGGAUCAUCGCAUCCGCAAAACGACGCACACUGUUUGCAACGUACCUGUUUGACAACCUUGUCAAUUUUACCCUGGGCUCCCCAUCAUUCAUUGCCACCGAGCUUGCGAGCCUCCCAGCGCCUGCAAGUAAACGGUUGUGGAACGCACAAACCCGUCUAUCGUGGAACGCUACUUACAACCAGCAAUUGAGCCAAUGCGCCGAUGGUGAACUUCUCAUCAGCCAUCUCUGGCCGAGUCCCGACUCGGGAACGCCCGAGCAGCAGAGGAAAGUCCGUCGAUGGCUUUCCUCGGUAGAUGAAUUUGGGAUCAUGUUGUACUCGGUAACGUCUCAUACUUAUGGCAAACAAGCUUGAAGCUCGGAUUGGUGUGGAGUAUGGCCACAUUCAACCUCCAACAAUACACACAAUGAAGCGGCGAGGGAUAUUCAUUGAUCUCCUGGUCAUUAAGUGCCACCAGGAUCCACGUUGCAACUCUUUCAGCGAUUCGCGGCGGAACCCCAUACACAAUGACGCAUCAAUUGAAUUCGUACGGACCACAAUGCACCUUGACCGCACUAACUAAUGGAUAUCACGGGCCAGCUGGCACUGAUACAUCUGAAGACGAUCCAAAGUCCAUCGGCCAGGAUGUCGUCUUACAGAUAG